CCACAGAAACGAAUCGAGCGCGCCAAUGGUCGGACGGAUCCAAUAGAAAUCCACAUAUAUAGAGUCAACUCUAUAGAAAAAGAAACCCAACUGUGAUAUCAAACAAAAAAAACACACACAAUCCCAAGAUGUCUGCUCCCAACAAGGUGAACCACUUGAUUAGCGCCACCACGCGUUAUAUUGCCGGACGGAAUGCAAUGCAGACGGUCUACUGGCGAACCUCCGCAGGACCCAAUCCCCGGAUGCUGAAGACCAACAAGUUGCAGAACUUCGACCGCACCCAAAAGGCACCCCAAAGUGUCCGGCUGCAGAACUACAAUCGCAGCUUUAUCCGGGAUUAAUGGAGAAUUUAAUUAGUUUUAGUUUCGACCUUGACAUGUUCCUAAUGUCGCGAUAGACAUAAUUUUUUUGUGCACUUUGUAUUUAUUGUAUAGAGUAUUUUCUGAGGCGAUAAACCUUAUCGUGCGAAUUAGAGUUAAUCGAAUCAAAACGAAGCCGGCGCUACUACUUUUCAUGUACCUUGGCAUUAUAAAAAAAUUACAAAGAUUAAAUAAAUGCAUUCUAGCGCGUAGAUAAGAAAAUAA